GUGUAUGUGUGUGUGUGUAUGUGUGUGUGUGUGUGUGUGUGUGAAUGGUUGCGCACGCACUCUUCGGUGUGGUUCACUUUUCCCCUCUCUCAACGAUUUCUAAGCAAAUGUCGCCUACAAAAUGACGUAAAUAAAAUAAAGAAAUAAAAAUUUCCUUACGGAAAUUGCCGAAGAUUUAAACCAUCAACGAAACAUUGCCGAAAUUUUAAAUGCCAAAUAAGGGAAGAAAGACAUUCUAUCGAUAUCAUCGAACACCGUGCAUCUGAACGUUUAACCCUCUCGCCUAUGAGUUCAGCCCUCAGAUAGUUUUUAUCGUGUAACCCCUUAAGGUGUGGAGUCCUUAAAUAGAAACGCAGAUUAUUACGGUGAGAAUUUCUGAUGCAUUUGUAUAUUUUGAGUUGGAAGCGAGGAGUUGGAUUUCGUUAACGCAUGCGCAUUGAUAGCAAUUUGAGAGGACAGAAAUAAUAUAUAAUAAACGGAACCAGGUUCUGCUCAUCACAUUCUUACAUCGACUACCAUGGCAGAUGGAGAUGAAAACGUUGGGACAAGCGAUCAGCCCCAUUCACCAACUAAGGAAGAUCUUAGUAAACGUUUCCCUAAAUAUGAUAUGGAUGAUAAAAAGCGACUUGUAGCCUACAUCUUCAACCACGAAAAUUUCAAAAACAACCGUCCUGAAUCUCGUGAAGGCUCAUCAAAAGAUACAGAAGCUUUUAAAGCGGCAUUAAUAAAACUUGGAUUUUCUGAAAGGUGUAUCGUAGAUUGGCCAAAUUUAACAACCGGUGAAAUGAGUAAAGUUUUGGAGAAUUUUAACAAAGAUGGUCGUUACGAAAAUAUUGGUUGCUUUGUUUGUGCAAUUAUCAGUCAUGGUCAUACAAACGAUACGAUUUUUGGAAAGGGCCGUGUUCCAGUUGGACUGCAUGAAUUGCUUUCUUACCUGACACCCGAAAAAUGUCCAUCUUUAAGUGGAGUACCUAAAUUAAUUUUUACUGCAACAUGUCGCGGAAUAGAGAGAGAUAAAGGAAUCGACAUAAGCGAUGAACCUGAAGCAGAAGUAAAUGAAACCAAUUUUCCAAUUAUGGCAGAUCUGCUGGUUUUUCAUGCGUGUUAUAAUGGAUAUAAGUCAUUCACGCAAACUGAAGGAUCGUGGCUUAUGCAAAGUUUAAGUAAAAUUUUGUCCAAAUAUGGCACUAAAAAAGAAAUCUUGACACUUUUAACAGCUGUCUCUAACCACGUUGCCUCUUUAGAAACUAAAAGUAGUGACGAGGAAAAGGCUCAUCUUAAACAGAUGCCUCAGAUUGUGUCGACAUUGCUUAAAGAACUAAAGUUUGAAGCGAAGAAAUAAAAUAUUUCAGCUUUCUACAGUGAGAA